AGUUGGGAUAUUCAACUCUCGGAAGCCGGAUCGUGGCGAACCAGUUCCCUUGUCCGACUAGCACGUGUGGUGCGUCUUUUCGUAUUUUUAGAUAAGACAAAUGCAUUCGAUCCGGCUACUGAUACGGCUCGGAAGCGUCGCUAUGUUGUUUUUUCGGUGCCCCCAGUACCAAGACGCGCGUUUUUUCUUCGGGUUGUCGCGUUGCUGAGCACGCAAAGCUCAGGCGCUCGAGUGAUUGACUCUGAAAGGGUGCACUAUGUGGCUUCAAAUAGUCGCCCUGCUGCUUGUUUCCGGCUAUUUUCCUGCGACGCACUCUCAGG